AUGAGUGAUGUGCUGAGUUUGCCCAAGAGCUACGUGAACACUCCGAUUGUCGGUGUGAAUGGUACAAAAACAGCCGUGAAGUUCAAGAUCAACGCAACAGUGAAGUCGAGAGUAACAGGCUACGAAUUUUCUCUGGAUUAUCUGGUAGUACCUCGCGUUACUGGAGCUCUACCUUCGUUGAAACUCGAUGCUAAGGAUUGGCCGAUUCCCAGUGACAUACAGUUGGCCGACCCGAGGUUCUUCGACCCCAGUCGGAUUGAUAUGCUGAUAGGAGCUGAGCUGUUCUUCGAUUUGAUGCGGGCUGGCAAGAUUCGAAUGUCGGCUGAAUUACCAUGGUUGCAGGAGAGUCUUCUUGGGUGGCUGGUUGCUGGGCCCGUGGGCAAUGUCCUAAGCGUUGUGAGCAUUCAAGGCUACCAAGUGAUUCGCACCAGCAGUAACAACGAGCAGUUGAACGAGCUGAUGAAACGCUUUUGGAUGAUUGACGAGCAGGUAAUUGAGUCUUCGGAGAUAGACGAGUGUGAACGCCAUUUUGUAGCUACACAUAUUCGAGGAGACGAUGGGCGGUAUGUUGUCAAACUUCCGUUUCGUGAAGGAUCCGGCGAGCUCGGAGAUUCGCGAGUACAAGCGGAAAAGCGGUUCAAGGCGUUAGAAACCAGAUUGGAGAAGUGUCCCGAUACCAAGCGAAGAUACGGAGAUUUUAUUAGGGACUACAUUAGGCUUGGACACGCAAGGAUUUUGAACGAUUCCGAGAAGGACGCGGUCGGGGCUUACUAUUUGCCCCAUCACUGCAUAUUGAAGCCCGACAGUUCAACCACCAAAUUGCGCGUGGUGUUCGACGCGUCUGCGAAAACAACGACCAACUUGUCCUUAAAUGACGUGUUGAUGGAAGUACCAGCGGUGCAGAGCCCAUUGUUCGACAUUCUGCUACGAUGGCGCCUGCACAAGUACGUUUUCUCGACCGAUGUGCAGCGCAUGUACGAGCAAGUGAAAGUAAAUGAUGAACACACGAAGUACCAGAGAUGUGUAUGGCGAGACGAGCGAUCUCAGCCAUUGAUGGAUCUGGAAUUGCAGCGGGUAACGUAUGGGUAA